AUGGCCGACUACAAGCUCAAGUCUGUCACCUCGCUGUCUCUCAAGCCGGGAGACAAGCAGGAGGUUGAAGUCGAGGGAAUCGAGGGCGCAAAGGUCCUCCUCCUCAACGCCGGCGGCAGCAUCCAGGCUGUUGGUCCCAAAUGCACCCAUUUUGGUGCACCACUCGUAAAGGGAGUCUUGACCACCUCUGGUCGCUUGACAUGUCCUUGGCACGGAGCCUGCUUCAAUGCCAAAACUGGUGACGUCGAAGAUGCCCCUGCUCUCGAUGCCCUUCCCGUCUUCAAGGUCACCGAGCGCGACGGCGCAGUUUACAUUUCGGGCGAAGAGGCCGCUAUCAAGGGCGGUCGCCGCAAGCCCAACUUUAAGUGCAAUGCCGCUGGUGGUGCCGACCAAGAAAAGGUGGUCAUUGUUGGUGGAGGUUCUGGUGCUCUCGGAGCUGUGGAGGGUCUGCGUAAUGGCGGCUAUGACGGUCCUCUGACCAUCAUCUCCUCUGAAGGCUACUUCCCCAUUGAUCGCACAAAGCUGUCCAAGGCUCUCCUGACCGACGUCAACGCCCUGCAAUGGCGCGAUGAGGCAUGGUAUAAGAGUGGCUCUGUCGACUGGGUCGCCGACGAGGUCACCGACGUCGACUUCUCUGACCGCAAGGUCACCACCAAGAAGGGAGACAGCGUCCCCUAUACCAAGCUGAUCCUGGCCACCGGCGGUACGCCCAGAAACCUGCCUCUCCAGGGAUUCAAGGUACUGGGCAACAUCUUUACCCUCAGAACCGCCCACGACACGCAAAAGAUCGUUAAGGCCAUUGGCGACAAGGGCAAGAAGAUUGUCAUUGUCGGAUCCUCCUUCAUUGGUAUGGAGGUUGCCAACGCCACCGCCAAGGAGAACACAGUCACCGUCAUCGGUAUGGAAAAGGUCCCUCUGGAGAGAGUGCUGGGCGAGAAGAUCGGCGCGGGCAUCCAGAAGAGCCUGGAAAAGAAUGGCGUCAAGUUCCACAUGAACGCUGGCGUUGACAAGGCAGAGCCAUCAGCCACGGACGAUGCCAACGUCGGCGCGGUAUACCUCAAGGAUGGCACCAAACUCGAGGCUGAUCUAGUCAUUCUCGGUGUUGGUGUCGCCCCCGCCACUGAAUUCCUAAGGGAGAACAAGGUCAUCAGAUUGGAGGACGACGGCUCGAUCAAGACCAACGAGAACUUUGAGAUUGUUGGCCUCAAGGACGUGUACGCUAUUGGAGAUAUUGCGACAUACCCCUACCACGGUCCUGGGGGCGACGGCCGGUACACUCGCAUUGAGCACUGGAAUGUCGCCCAGAACGCUGGUCGCUCCGUUGCAAACAACAUCAUCAACUCAGCCGUCAAGACGCCGCACUUCAUCCCCGUCUUUUGGUCCGCACUGGGCUCACAGCUGAGAUACUGCGGUAACACCGUCGGCGGAUGGGACGAUGUUGUGAUUCAAGGCAAUGUGGAAGAGUCGGCGUUUGUUGCGUACUACACAAAUGGCGAGACGGUUGUCGCCAUGGCCUCCAUGGGCAAGGACCCUGCCAUGGUCCAGUCGGCUGAGUUGAUGUCGCUCGGAAAGAUGCCUUCGAAAUCGGAGCUGGCCAAGGGUCUCGAUAUUACCACUAUCGGUCCGUUGGAGGCAUGA